GACCUUCCUUGUGCCUACGGAAGCGCAGAGACCCUGGUCUCCUCCGGUGGGGUACCAGACGGUGUAUGAGUCCUAUUUUCAGGAAGACACUCGUUGCUGGUUCCCCAUCCCACGACUGAUCACAGCAUACGUCAGACGUCGAGAUCUCGCGAUCAGUCAGCUGCUGAAUGGUUCGCUGCGUCUAGCGGUCACUUUGUCGGUUUUGGCGGAGCAGAUUGACAUGCCGAUGAGCGUUAGGUCGUUCGAGGAGAUGACCUCGAUAACCGACAUGAAAGAUGGCACUUACUCGGUGAAGAUGCGACCGAACUGCAAUGUGUGUGCCGGUCAUCCGAAUAAGACGCAGAAUUGGCAGCGCUCCUACUUCUUCCUUAAGUCUGACAGCUCGGCCUUCGAGGAGCCUCCCCAAGAUGAUUACCGAGUUCUUUGGAACCGUUCUUGCGGUAGAAUACUCUGUCGCGAACCGUACGAGAUUUGUCGAUUCUAACCCACCGUUUUUUUUUUGCUUUGUAUGCAGUUGGCCAUCCUACCUCCCCAGCUUAUCCCGAAGAUUUCUUGAGGAGUGUUCGCGCCGUCGCUCUUCUCCGAGUCUAUCGUUGGUCUGAGAUCUCCGUCGAAAAGAUCCGUGAGCUUAAGGAUCGAAUCGCUCGAAGAGAGUGGAGAUCCGACCUUCCGACCGUUCUUCCCAUUCGUGCUAAGCGACUGGACAUUUUCCCGAGGGACAUCCAAAAACAAAUCACCGAGGCGAAGAAGAUGGGCACUCUUCCUGAUUUGAGCGCAAUAAUAGCGGCCCAGCUGGGGCUGGCUGGCGGGGAAGGGCCCUCGACGGCGGUUCCUCGUUCUGACGAGGUUUUCCCUUCCGAUGCCAGAAGCGCGGGGAAGGGCAAGAAAAGAAAAAGAGGCGAUGGUUCGGGAGCCGGGAGGAGUAUUGAGGAGACAGGUGAUGUCCCUCCUUCCAGUGAGCCCCGGAAGAAGAGCAAGAAGAAAAGGACAAAGAAGAAGUCCACCGGCGAGCAGUUGGAAGAUGCUGACGAGCAGAUCGAGCAAGAGGAAGAGGAUGCUCGAGGAGAAGGAAUUCAGCCCGAAGAGGGGGGUUCUGGGGCUGAAGCCUUGGAGGGACGGAAUGACGAGGAGGGAGUAAGCGAAGGAGAGGAACGCGAGACUUCUCUUAACGCCGCCUGCUCGGGUGAUUCCGAGGAAAAUAGCGAAGGGUCGCCACUCCUGAUAAGGAGGGGAAAUGACGAAGACGAUGAUGAGAGGCGGUCUCCUUGGCGCAUUUACCCGGUGAGGCAUUUGUCUUGA